AUGACUACAGAACAACAUAAUAUUCUAGUUGGACAAGAGGAAAGUUCUAAGAAGUGUCACAGGGUUCCGAGGAUAUUUCGUAGGAAUCCAUCCAGCAACGAGGAUUGCUACAAUCCCCUUGUGGUAUCUAUUGGUCCUUACCACCACAAGGAUGAUCUUAAUCAUGAGCUUGCUGAGAUGCAGAGCCGCAAGAAUGAAAUGGUGGAACAGUUUGCCAACAAGAGUAGGAAAACCAGGGAAUUCUUGUACAGAAACGUGGCAGAAUUGGCCAACUCUGCAAGGAAAUGCUAUGAUGAAGAUUCAACAAAAGACUUGGACGACAACGCAUUCACGGAGAUGAUGCUCCUUGAUGGUUGCUUCAUUCUCCAAUUUAUCUUCUGCUACUUGCGCGAGCCUGAUAAUCUGAAGCUAGCUUACGGUUUGAUGGAAACGUCGUUGAUGAGCUUACGGUUUGAUGGAAACGAAGGACAGGAGCUGAUGGAAAAUUUCAUGGAAGAAGUUCGUGGACUUCCCAGAGGAAAAAGUGGAGACAUGGAGAACAAUAAUCAACCAGCCCAUCUUCUUGACUUUUACCACAACCGAUUCAUGGGGAAAAGAGGCCAAGAAAAUCCCUGUCGAAAGGGUGUUGGUCAAUGGAGCUCGUAUCGUUCUGUCAUGGAGCUGAAGUCUGUGGGAAUCCACUUCAUGCCAAGCAAGACUGAUACGUACACAGAUCUCCGAUACAAAUCAACAAUGCGUGGCGGAACAGUCACACUUCCUCGAAUAGUCAUAGACGAUAGCACUAAGUCCUUGCUUUUAAACUUGAUGGCCCAUGAAGCAUGCCCUGGAUCAGCUGAGGGGUUUUGGGUCACUUCUUGUUGGGAAUUCUAA